GACUCGGGGUAGCAGAAACCAUGAGACCCGAGGCUGCCACUGGAGUCCGAGAGGCUCGGGGACAUCUCAGCCACUGUCCUGGGGACGAUCCCCGGAGGCCAUCUCCGCAGCACGGGCCCGAAAGUUCAAGCCCAGCUCCCUGGAGACCAUGGAUGCUGACCCCUGGAGAUGCUGAGCUGACCAGAACUGCCAGGCGGUGCGAGCCUGGGGGGAACCAGUGUCACUUGGGAUCAAAGGGAGCCUUUGGGUUUCAACAUCCCGUCAGACUUUACUUACCUAUCUCAAAGCAGCAAGAAUACUUGCAGAGUUCCGGGGUGAAGGUGCUGGCCAGCUUCCCUGUGCAGGCCACCAUUCACUUCUACAACGACGACUCCGGGUCGGAGUCGGAAGAGGAGCCGGAGGAGGACGCCCAGCCCACCCACCUCCAAGAGCAGUGGACGGGAGGUCUCCAGGGCAGCGCCGGGUUCGGUCCUUCAUCCGAAGGAAGCGAGGCCCAGCCACUUCACAUUCACCCUCCAGGAGACACUGACUGCUCCCCUAAAUGAAUCUCGUCUCUGCCUCCACUUCCCAAGCCCCCAUCCCAGAUCCCGGGGACGGUCCUGCCGGGUCUGCAGGCAUCUCUGCAGAGGUGUCCCUGGGCUGGGGCGGCCUGCUUCUGCUCAGUACCAGUUCAGGGCCACCAGACAGCUUUUACUUUUUCUUUUCUUGUGGACUUUUCUAGUGCACUCAUGCGUACCUUCACCUUCCAGAGAGGGUGCUGCAACAAAGAGGUUUGUGUCAGCAAGGGCUGUUACCAGCAAAGGGACUUUCAGCCAGCUUUGCCAUUCUGCGGAUCAGAUUACAAAUUAUUUCAAGUAGGGCAGUAAGUCACUCCCACCCCUCCCUGAGUCUGACGCCAGUUAUUUAGACAGUUUUCCUUUCGUAAAGAUAAUUUAAAUAACUAAGUCCCAGUUUUAACCCAUUAUCCAAGGGUUGACUUGGUAGCAUUCUGAUAACGAAUUCUUUGUAACUUGGGAAAAAUGAAAAAUCAAAACACUGCAUCAUUUCCAGCAGGGUAACAAAUAAGAAGCUAUGAACAUCUGAGGGAUACUUCUGGAUAAAAUGGUUGUGAUAAUUGUGUAAGGACUGUGUAAAUGAAAACUGCAUGAGGGUUGUGUGUAUGAGUACAUAAGUCGCCAAAGUGUUAAUUCUUACUUGGUGACUUCC